CGAGACUCGAAUGCAUAGAGCAAAAACAGAGAAGAAAGAAUCAAGCGUCAUCACUGUUAGCAAUAACUCGGAAACCUGAAAUGAAAUGACUACAUGUUUAUAUUUUAAUCGGAAAAUAUAUAGAUGUUUUGGUAAAGGCAGUUGAGCAGAUUCGUGUGGGUUACCAUCGACUAAUUAUAUUUUGCCACAGCGUCCAUUUAUUAGCUCAUCCCAUUGAAAAUGACUUUUUUGUUGGCUUUAGAAAUGAUUUGCGCACCGACUGCGACCGCGACUGCUGGUUAGUAUAAUUUCCAAGUAAGGUAACGAAGUCCAAAUAGCGGCAGGGAGGGAGAGAGAUGGGUCUUCUCACCCAUAGAGUGGAGAGAAGUGAAAUCAAGCCAGGGGAUCACAUCUACACUUACAGGGCUGUAUUCACCUACUCUCACCAUGGCACACUUUAAAUCUGAAUUUGCAGGUAUCUUUGUUGGCGGAAACAAGGUUGUCCACUUUACACCCAGGCAGAAUGCAAAUUCAAGCUCAGACACAUCUUCUGAUAUCUACAAUACAAUAUCGAGCAUUCCCUCAUCCUGUGAUAUUCCUGACUGCGGAUUCAGGCAACCCAAUAGUGGGGUAGCCCUCUCCUGUCUGGACUGCUUCCUUGGAAAAGGAUCCCUUUACUGCUUUGAAUAUGGGGUAACCCCUUCUGUCUUUCUGGCAAAAUUACGUGGAGGUACAUGCACCACUGCUGCUUCGGACCCAGAAGAAACAGUUAUCCACCGAGCUAUGUAUCUUCUUCAAAAUGGAUUUGGCAAUUAUGAUGUUCUCGGGAACAACUGUGAAGAUUUUGCUUUAUACUGUAAAACAGGUCUUCUGGUAAUGGACAGGCAGGGGGUUGGAAGAAGUGGUCAGGCUUCUUCAUUCAUUGGUGCUCCAUUGGCUGCUCUCCUUUCGUCUCCUCUAAAGUUGCUAAUGCCAAGUCCUGUUGGUGUUGCAACAGUAACAGCUGGCAUGUACUGUAUGAGCAGAUAUGCCACUGAUAUAGGCGUCCGAAGUGAUGUGAUUAAGGUUGCUGUGGAAGACCUGGCUGUGAACCUGGGCUGGACAGAUCCUCAUGAGGAAGUCUAUGAGGAUAAUGAGGCUUCACGAUUAAUUGCCAGGUGAUAUUAAUUUCAUCAGUCUUCAUGUGAGGCUAUUUUUACAUUAGCAAUUAUUAAGAAUUUGUCUAUGUUAACAAAACUUCUCGAAUGGGAGUUAAUGGUUUCGUUUAUUUCACUGUAAGUUAGAACAGGUUUGACAGCAUAUUAAACUGUUAAAUGAUGGUUCCUUAGAGUCAUCUGUCCUGUGUUGUAUUUAACUUAUGAAAUCUAGUCUAUAUACUUUAAAUGGUUUGUCGAA